AUGGACUCCCUCGGGUACAACUGCUUUGUGGACCAAGAGAAAAUGGACGCAGCCAUCCAGGACCUGGGUCCAAAGGAGCUGAGCUGCAUGGAGCUGUCCGAACUGAAGCAGCUGGCACGCCAGGGCUACUGGGCACGCAGCCACGCCCUGCGGGGUAAGGUGUAUCAGCGGCUGAUCCGAGACAUCCCGUGCCGCACAGUCACCCCCGAUGCCAGCGUCUACAGCGACAUCGUGGGCAAGAUUGUGGGCAAGCAUAGCAGUAGCAGCUUGCCCCUGCCCGAGUUCGUGGACGACACGCAGGUGCCCAGCUACUGCCUGAAUGCGCGGGGUGAGGGCGCCGUGCGCAAGAUCCUGCUGUGCAUCGCCAACCAGUUUCCCGACAUCUCCUUCUGCCCCGCGCUGCCGGCUGUGGUGGCGUUCCUGCUUCAUUAUAGCCUGGACGAGGCCGAGUGCUUUGAGAAGGCCUGCCGCAUCCUGGCCUGCAACGAGCCGGGCCGCAAGCUCAUGGACCAGAGCUUCCUGGCCUUCGAGUCCUCCUGUAUGACCUUCGGGGACCUAGUGAACAAGUACUGCCAGGCGGCCCACAAGCUUAUGGUGGCCACGUCCGAGGACGUUCUGCAGGUCUACGCAGACUGGCAGCGCUGGCUCUUUGGCGAGCUACCCCUCAGCUACUUUGCCCGCGUCUUCGACGUCUUCCUGGUGGAGGGCUACAAGGUACUGUACCGGGUGGCCCUGGCCAUCCUCAAGUUCUUCCACAAGGGGCGGGCCGGGCAGCCCCCCGAGUCCGACAAUGUGAAACAGGACAUCCGGGCGUUCGUCAAGGACAUCGCUAAGACCGUGUCUCCCGAGAAGCUGCUGGAGAAGGCGUUCGCCAUCCGGCUCUUCUCCCGGAAGGAGAUCCAGCUGCUACAGCUGGCUAACGAGAAGGCGCUCAAGCGGAAGGGCAUCACUGUCAAGCAGAAGAGUCUGUCACUUUCUAAAAGGCAGUUUGUGCAUCUGGCUGUCCACGCGGACAACUUCCACUCGGAGAUUGUCAGUGUCAAAGAGAUGCGGGACAUCUGGUCGUGGGUCCCUGAGCGUUUCGCCCUCUGCCAGCCUCUCCUGCUCUUCUCGUCACUGCAGCAUGGCUACAGCCUGACCAGGUUCUAUUUCCAGUGUGAAGGCCACGAGCCCACCCUCUUGCUCAUCAAGACCACACAGAAGGAGGUUUGUGGGGCCUAUCUGUCAACAGAUUGGAGUGAGAGGAAUAAGUUCGGGGGCAAGCUGGGCUUCUUCGGGACUGGGGAGUGCUUCGUGUUCCGGCUGCAGCCUGAGGUCCAGCGCUACGAGUGGGUGGUCAUUAAGCACCCAGAACUGACCAAGGCAUCCCUGAUGCCCUCAGAGACCAGCAUCAUCCCCGCCCUGGCCAGCCAGCCCGUCUCCACUGACCCCGCUGACCGCCUCUCACCCUUCUUGGCAGCGAGGCACUUCAACCUGCCCUCCAAAACUGAGUCCAUGUUCAUGGCCGGGGGCAAUGAUUGCCUCAUUAUAGGUGGCGGGGGUGGCCAGGCCCUCUUCAUCGAUGGAGACCUGAACCGGGGCAGGACUGGCCACUGCGACACGUUUAACAACCAGGCACUCUGCUCUGAAAACUUCCUCAUCUCGGCCAUCGAGGUGUGGGGCUUCCAGGACCCCGACUUCCAGACCUCUGGCCACACCCAGGACUGCAGGGACUCCACCACCCAGGAAGCCCUCUUCCACGCUGUCCACCCACAGCGGCUCCCCCAGCUCUGUGUCCCCCUGCUGCCCCACCUCCGGCCUGGCGGGCACCAAGUGGACACGAGCAGUAAGAACUUCGGAGAACGGCCCUUCCCAUUCCCGUGA